AUGGCAAAAUUCAACUUUACUCAAGUGACAGAAUUUAUUCUCAAAGGGAUCACAGACCGUCCGGAGCUCCAGGCACCACUCUUUGUGAUUUUCUUAGCCAUCUACAUAGUCACUGUGGUAGGGAACCUUGGACUAAUUAUAUUAAUCAGGAUGGACUCUCGACUUCAUACACCUAUGUACUUCUUCCUUAGUCAUUUAGCUUUUGUUGACUUCUGCUAUUCCUCAGUAAUCACACCCAAGAUGAUGGCAAAUUUUGUAGUGGAGAAAAAUACCAUUUCAUUCAAUGCUUGUGCAACCCAACUAGGAUGUUUUAUUUCAUCUAUAAUAGCAGAGUCUUAUAUUUUAGCUUCCAUGGCCUAUGAUCGUUAUGUAGCUAUUUGUCAUCCACUGCUUUACUCGGUCAUUAUGUCUCCAAAACUCUGUAUGCUCAUAGUUGUUUUACUUUAUGUAUACAGUUUCUUGGUUUCACUGUCUAACACUAUUGUCACUUUCCGUUUGUUUUACUGUGGCAGCAAUGUCAUCAAUUAUUUUUAUUGUGAUGAUGUUUCUCUCAUGCCUCUGUCAUGCUCAAAUACUCACACAAAACAGAUGCUCUUUUUAUCUUUUGCUGGAUUUAACACUAUUUCUACUUUAUUGAUUAUCAUCAUCUCCUAUAUUUUUAUCAUUGCUGCCAUCUUGAGGAUUCGUUCUGCAGAGGGCAGGUUCAAAGCUUUCUCUACCUGUGGCUCCCAUAUGGUGACUAUCACCAUUUUAUAUGGUACAAUGAUCUUUAUGUACCUGCAACCAAAAUCGAAAGACUCCCUGGAAACAGACAAAAUAGCACCUGUGAUUUACACAGUAGUCAUUCCCAUGUUGAAUCCUGUAAUUUACAGUUUAAGGAACAAAGACGUGAAAGAGGCCCUAAAGAAGACUCUAGUUAAAGGAUGUAAUACACUAAAAAUGCUUCAAUCUAGAAUGUGA